GCUUGUAAGUUGUGAGAUCAACAAGUUUGUGUGUGUGAAAACUGUAGGUGAAGAUUGUGAGAUUGAGUGACAAUGGCUCUGAAGGUGGUGUUGAUGACAGUAAUGUUGCUGUUCUCUCUAGCAACAAUGCCUGCUCCAAUGGCUGCUACUAGAGUCGAUGUUGCUAAGCUGCUUGCAGCCAUUGACAUUCCAACUGGAAAGAAGACUGGGGGCAGUAGCUGGUGUGAUAGCUGUGUCUGCACAAAAUCAAGCCCUCCUUACUGCAGCUGCACCGAUACUUCUCUCUGCACCAAAUGCAUCUGCUACUUAACUGUCUCUGCUGCUCUUCUGCCAUUGUGUGAAUCUAUCGCUUCCCAAUUCGACAGUUACUGUCUUUCCACUGUCACAACUGCUGAGAGAAACCUAGCAAGCCUCCGUUGAGCUCGCAACCCCACCUAGCUACCAUCAAAUAGUCUCCUCUACUAUGUUCCAGAACCAUGGUCGUGGUCCUACAGUAGUCCAACUUUGUGUGCUUUGUGUCUUGUGUCCCAUUUGCAGUACCUCUUGUUUCAUCUUCAUAAGAUUGUAACCAGUGGGUGUUAGCAAAUUGGCUUAUUUAUAAUUUAUAAUAAAGACGAGACUUUUUUUUUU